AUGAGUGGCUGCGGGAGGAAGGCCCUGACCCUGCUGAGCAGCGUCUUUGCUGUCUGUGGCCUGGGUCUCCUGGGCAUCGCAGUCAGCACCGACUACUGGCUCUACCUGGAGGAGGGCGUGGUCCUGCCCCAGAACCAGAGCAUGGAGAUCAAGAUGUCCCUGCACUCGGGCCUGUGGCGUGUCUGCUUCCUCGCAGGUGAGGAGCGGGGACGCUGCUUCACCAUAGAGUAUGUGAUGCCCAUGAACACUCAGUUGACGUCAGAGUCCACGGUCAAUGUUCUAAAGAUGAUUCGCUCGGCCACACCGUUCCCCCUGGUCAGCCUCUUCUUCAUGUUCAUUGGGUUUAUCCUGAGCAACAUCGGACACAUCCGUCCCCACAGGACAAUACUGGCCUUUGUCUCUGGCAUCUUUUUUAUUCUCUCGGGCCUCUCUCUGGUGGUGGGCCUCGUGCUCUACAUCUCCAGCAUCAACGAUGAGAUGCUCAACAGGACCAAGGACGCAGAGACCUAUUUCAACUACAAGUACGGCUGGUCCUUCGCCUUCGCUGCCAUCUCGUUCCUUUUGACAGAGAGCGCGGGGGUGAUGUCCGUGUACCUGUUCAUGAAGCGGUACACCGCCGAGGACUUGUACAGGCCCCACCCCGGCUUCUACCGGCCUCGCCUGAGCAACUGCUCUGAUUACUCAGGCCAGUUCCUACACCCGGACGCCUGGGUCCGGGGCCGCAGCCCCUCCGACAUCUCCAGUGACACCUCCCUGCAGAUGAACAGCAACUACCCAGCCUUGCUCAAGUGCCCCGACUAUGACCAGAUGUCAUCUUCCCCCUGCUGA